AUUUUACUUUUCAGAAAAACAAAAAUUAAAGAAAAUAAUAAUUUUUAAACAUAAAAAAAAAUCAACACAGUCUCCUCAAAGUUGUUCUUGUUCUCUUGAGUUUGCAUUAGAGAAAGAAACAAAAUACAGAGUCAAAAGAAAAGCUAUUAUAUACUCGAUAAGUUUUUAAACAGAAAAUCGGAAUAUGAAUUAUGUGUAAUAUAAGUAAAUAACCCAGUGGCGGUAUAAAGAUGUAUAUUUCUUUUAUGCAAAAUUAUAUCGUAAUUUAGAACAAAGUAAUCACAUACAAUACUCGUAUAUACGAGUUGUCAAAAAAAAUAAAAAUAAAUAAAUCACGCCAUGCAUUUUGGGAAGGUUUGGUUAUUUCAUAGUGUCCUAUUAAUUUUGUUGUUGAGUGUCCAAUCCGACGACAAAUUCAAACUCGCUUUCCUGGAAUCAAUUAAUGCUUACCGCUACUUACACGACAGUCCACCCCUCAUUCUUGAUAAAAAUAUAUCCAAAUUAGCUCAGGAAGAAGCGUUUCGCUUAUGCCAGCGGAAGGACGCACGUGUAAUUCCUUUUGAGGAAACUCAUUUAUUCUCAAAUCUCACAUGCCAUGCACUGAAGCCCUUAAAAUGUAUAAGCGAAUGGUACAACGAAGGGGCCAACUACAACUACAAUCGCCACUCACCCUCGCACUUCACUCUUAUGAUUUGGAAAUCAUCAAAGUAUAUUGGUAUUGGGUAUUGCUCAGAUCUACAAGAUAUAAUUCACGUAGUUGUCAAAAUCUACCCUCCUGGCAAUGGCAUUGGACAAUUUCGGGAAAAUAUUAAACCGCUUUUCAACCAAUGUACCAUACUGACGCCCAACUGUUUUGUCGCAGUUCUUUCACUGAUAAUUAUUUAUAUAUCUGUUAAAGCGUGUAUUCUCAACCUAUAACAACAAUUAUUAAUGGACCCAUGGAAUACAAGUUUUCUUGAACUUUUCUAUACGUCAUAAUUCAGUACAAUAUUUACUUCGUUGCUGUCGGGCACUGCAGAUACUCUUUCCCGUUCAACACACAAAAUUGUUUGACGCUCACAUUUCUUACUCUUUUUCCGACCAAUGAAUAAAUAGAAUAAAUGAAUUGACUUGAAUGUUUGGCA